AUGUACGCCCCAUCCUCCCCUACCAAAGGUACACCCCAUCCUCCCCUUCCAAAGGUACGCCCUAUCCUCCCCUUCCACAGAUAUGCCCCAUCCUCCCCUUCCAAAGGUAUGCCCCAUCCUCCCCUUCCAAAAGUAUGCCCCAUCCUCCCCUACCAAAGGUACACCCCAUCCUCCCCUACCAAAGCUCCCCUAAUCACCACCAUCAUAUCAGCCUCACCCAAUUUCCCCAUCGAAUCAGCCCUAACCCCCACCCCAACCCCCACUGCAUCAGCCCUAACCCCCCAUUCAACCCCCAUAGCAUCAGCCCUAACCUCCCCCCCAAACCCCCAUCACAUCAGCCCUAACCCCCCCCCCCAACCCCCAACGCAUCAGCCCUAACCCCCCCAACCCCCAUCGCAUCAGCCCUAACCUCCCCAUCAACCCCCAUCACAUCACCCACCCCUAUCACAUCAGCCCUACCCCCCCUAACCCGCAUCGCAUCAGCCCUAACCCCCAACCCCCAUCGCAUCAGCCCUACCCCCCUAA